UGUUGCAAUUCAAUAAAAAAAAGAUGCAGCCAAAAUAACAAACAAAACGUAACUCCUAAACAAAAUAACUUUAAAUUGAAGUGAAAUAGAGAUUUUACAAGCAUGGCGGAUGCAAAUACGCAUGCAGCAGGUAAACUGCCGGCAAUUACGAAGCGGGUGCAAAAUCUUGGCGACUUGGGAAUUUGGCAAAGAUCCCGUGCCUACCACGAUUUAAUAGGCUUUAUAAAUGGCACCAGUUCGGCGAUACAGGGCAUCAAAACGACGGACGAGAUGCACGAGUCGGAAAUGCUGAGAAAACUAGUGCGCCUGUUUGAUUCCCUGGAGAAACUGGUGGAGCAACAUCCUCCAUUGGAGCAACCUCAGCGUUUCGGGAACAAGGCCUAUAGGGAUUGGGCCCAGGAAAUGCGGGAACAGUUGCCGGAAUUGAUGGACCAGCUGCUGCCCGCCGCCAAAAAGAGAUACCAAGGCGAACUGGAGCAAUAUCUCAUGGAAUCCUUUGGCAAUGCCACCAGGAUUGACUAUGGCACCGGUCACGAGCUGUCCUUUCUGUUCUUUCUCUGCUCACUCUUCAAAGCUGAGAUCCUGCAGGAAGAGGACAUUGUGGCAGCCGCCCUAAGGCUGUUCAAUCGAUAUCUGGAGUUUGUCAGGCAACUGCAGCGUACCUACAAUAUGGAACCCGCUGGCAGUCAAGGAGUUUGGUCCCUGGACGACUUUCAGUUCGUUCCCUUCAUCUGGGGCAGUGCGCAGCUAGCUGUGAAAAGCCCCUUUGAUCCGUCGAAGUUUGUGGACGAGCAGAUCAUCAGCGACUUCAAGGACCAGUUUAUGUUUAUUAGCUGCAUCGACUACAUCUGCAAGGUCAAGACUGGACACUUUGGCGAGCACUCAAACCAGCUGUGGAGCAUCACGGAUGUGCCAUCGUGGAUUAAAAUCAACGCGGGACUUGUUAAAAUGUACCAAAAGGAGAUUCUCUCCAAAUUUCCCGUAAUCCAGCACGUCUACUUCGGAGAACUUAUGGCUUUCGAGGCCGUCUCGCCUGGCACAACCAUCUCAAAUGCCCGACUGGGUCAUGUGGCACCGCCGCCCUCGAAACGCAUCUGCAUAGGGACUCCAAGUUUGGUGCCACCAGUACCGGUGACCGUGGCUCCUCCUCCUCCUCCGCCCGCCGAAUCUCUAAACAGCGAUCUAAAUGUGGGCGAUUCAAGCAGUGAGAGCAGCGACAAUAGCGUUGUCCUACGUCCAUCGACAUCGUCGGUUUCCCUGGUGGCCGCCGCCGAAGGUUCCGGUGACAAGUCCAAUAUUCAAGCGACCGAUGGACAAGUCUCAAAGGAGCAGGCGGCAGAGUAAACGAAAAAAGGCGUUGAUCUAACCUGUGUUACAAAUUUCUUAUUAAUAGCGUUGACCCUCGGUCCAGUAAAAAUUGUUUACACAA